CUUGCGGUAGGCAGGGAGCGGCAGCAGCGGCGGCGGCAACGAGGGGCUAGUGCACACCCAGCCAGGGAGACUUAGGGAACCACGGACGGACGGAGAGGACCCUCCCCAGCGCCCCCCGAGUCAUGGCCGAGAGAAAGCAAUCUGGGAAGGCGGCAGAGGAUGAAGAGGUCCCUGCUUUUUUUAAAAACCUGGGCUCGGGCAGUCCCAAGCCCCGGCAGAAAUUCUGCGGCAUGUUCUGCCCGGUGGAAGGGUCCUCGGAGAACAAGACCAUCGAUUUCGAUUCGCUUUCGGUGGGCCGGGGCUCGGGGCAGGUGGUGGCUCAGCAGCGGGAUGUCGCCCACUUGGGCCCGGACCCGCACCGGCAGAGCCGGCGUGCCAGCGGGGAGCCAUCUGUUGAAUCGGGCCGGAAGGUGGAGAUCCGGCGGGCCUCGGGCAAGGAAGCCCUGCAGAACAUCUACGAUCAGAGUGAUCGCCUUCUGAUCAAAGGUGGCAAGAUUGUGAAUGAUGACCAGUCCUUUUAUGCCGACAUAUACAUGGAAGAUGGGCUGAUCAAGCAAAUAGGAGAAAACCUGAUUGUACCAGGGGGCGUGAAGACCAUUGAAGCCCAUUCCAGGAUGGUGAUCCCGGGAGGAAUCGACGUGCACACUCGCUUCCAGAUGCCUGACCAGGGAAUGACGUCAGCAGAUGAUUUCUUCCAGGGAACCAAGGCGGCCCUGGCUGGGGGGACCACCAUGAUCAUUGACCAUGUCGUUCCGGAGCCCGGGACCAGCCUGCUGGCGGCCUUCGAUCAGUGGAGGGAGUGGGCAGACAGCAAGUCCUGCUGUGAUUACUCUCUGCACGUGGACAUCACCGAGUGGCACAAGGGUAUCCAGGAGGAGAUGGAAGCUCUGGUGAAGGACCACGGGGUGAACUCCUUCCUCGUGUACAUGGCUUUCAAAGAUCGAUUCCAGCUGACGGAUUCCCAGAUCUAUGAAGUGCUGAGCGUGAUCCGGGAUAUCGGUGCCAUUGCUCAAGUCCAUGCAGAGAAUGGUGACAUCAUUGCUGAGGAACAGCAGAGGAUCCUGGAUCUAGGCAUCACGGGCCCCGAGGGACACGUGCUGAGCCGACCGGAGGAGGUCGAGGCUGAAGCUGUGAACCGCUCCAUCACCAUUGCCAAUCAGACCAACUGCCCCCUGUAUGUCACCAAAGUGAUGAGCAAGAGCGCAGCUGACGUCAUCGCCCAGGCACGGAAGAAGGGAACUGUGGUGUAUGGUGAGCCCAUCACUGCCAGCUUGGGGACUGAUGGCUCUCAUUAUUGGAGUAAGAACUGGGCCAAGGCUGCUGCCUUUGUCACCUCCCCACCCUUGAGCCCCGACCCAACCACUCCAGACUUUCUCAACUCUUUGCUGUCCUGUGGAGAUCUCCAGGUCACUGGCAGCGCCCACUGUACCUUCAACACUGCUCAGAAGGCCGUGGGGAAGGACAACUUCACCUUGAUUCCCGAGGGCACCAACGGCACAGAGGAGCGGAUGUCCGUCAUCUGGGACAAAGCUGUGGUUACUGGGAAGAUGGAUGAGAACCAGUUUGUGGCUGUGACCAGCACCAAUGCAGCCAAGGUCUUCAACCUUUACCCCCGGAAAGGUCGCAUUGCAGUGGGAUCUGAUGCGGACUUGGUCAUCUGGGACCCUGACAGUGUGAAGACCAUCUCUGCCAAGACGCACAACAGUGCUCUUGAGUACAACAUCUUUGAAGGCAUGGAGUGCCGUGGCUCCCCCCUGGUAGUCAUCAGCCAGGGCAAGAUCGUCUUGGAGGAUGGCACGCUCCACGUCACCGAAGGCUCAGGACGCUACAUCCCCCGGAAGCCCUUCCCUGACUUCGUGUACAAGCGCAUCAAGGCAAGGAGCAGGCUGGCCGAGCUGAGAGGGGUCCCUCGUGGCCUGUAUGACGGACCUGUGUGCGAGGUGUCUGUGACACCCAAGACGGUCACUCCAGCCUCAUCGGCUAAGACGUCCCCUGCCAAGCAGCAGGCCCCACCUGUUCGGAACCUGCACCAGUCUGGAUUCAGUUUGUCUGGUGCUCAGAUUGACGACAACAUUCCCCGCCGCACCACCCAGCGCAUCGUGGCGCCCCCUGGUGGCCGUGCCAACAUCACCAGCCUGGGCUAAAGCCCCUAGGCCUGCAGGCCACAUGGGGACGGGGGAUGGGACACCUGAGGACAUUCUGAGACUUCCUUCCUUCCUUCCAUUUUUUUUUUUUUAAUUUUAAAGAGCCUGUGAUAGUUGCUGUGGGCAGCCAGUUCCUGGGGCUUCCUCUUGGGCCCCCCACACUCGGUCUCCCCUUGGAGUUUCUGAAUUCGCUCACCCAAGUCCCUACACAGUUGUGAACACCACACCCAAGCCUAGCCACCCACCCCACACGGAGCUGCAUCUCACACGCAGACACACACCACCAAGCAGAUCCCAGUGAGGGUGCCCCACCACACCCUCGGCUGUGUGGUUAGCACCUUCCUGUCCUGGGAAGAUAUAGUGAAUUGCCCUGAGCUGCCUUCUUUUCUUUUAAAAUAUUUUUUAAAAAGGGGUUUUCUUUGUGGGGCUGGGGAGGGAUGGAAUGGGGAGGGAUAAGGGAAGUUUUUUUUUUUUUAAUACUAAAUUGAAAGCCUGAUUCAAUAUUAAUCCACGGGUCUUGAACUGGACAUCGUAAUGAUGCAAUUAUGUAACCUUAGUGCAGAUCCGAGGCUGGCAGGCUGCUGCUGCCCCUCUGGAGAAGCUCCACGCAUCUCCAUCGCCAUCCCUUACUCUUCCGGGUCAGCUGUUGUGAAGAGGCGGGUUUUCUUCGUUGACCUAGAUUUUGCGGCAGAUUAGACCUUUUGAGGGUUCUCCUCACUCUUUUCCCACAUCUUCUGUCUGUUCUGGCUUUUUCUCCUGCACUCACGGAGAGAUUGUGAUUGCUUUGCGUUUCCCCGACAGUGUUCUCCUUACCCUGCAGCCUGCCCUUAAAGCCGGGCAUUGCGAUUUGGCCGCAGGCACAGCCUGGGAGGACCCUACCUAGUUUUGUACCCACGGCCAUAGUUUUGUGCAGUCCAGAUUUCUGUUAAGAUUGGUGCUAUCCAGUUCCCAUCACUAGGAGGUGUCUGAGUUUGAGGCUUGCCAGACACAGGGGUGACCCGGAUUAUGACACCAAUAUUGUCAUGUGUGGGCCCAGAAUAGGGUCACAUGUGUGGAAACAUGAAGAAGAAUUAGGCCGCAGAAGUGACGGAGGUCCUGGUCAAAUCUGUAAAUCCAGUUCUCAAACUCAUAUGACCCUAUUAAGCUGGGGCCAGUGUCUCUGUGGAGGAACCAACCAAGCUGGGGCCAGUGUCUCUGUGGAGGAUCCCUUCCCAGUUUUUCCCAGGAAAAGCUGAGAAUUCUCAAACACUAGGUCUCCUCAGUGUGUGCAUGUGUGUGUGUGUGUGUGUGUGUGUGUCUGUGCAGGAGGAACAUUUCUUUUUUCUGUCCAGUUAUUUCAAAAAGUCUAACAUGAUGUGGGAAGCCCUUCUAAGGGUGGAAAUCUUGGGGGGAAUAAUUAGACUUCAAGCCUGUUUUACAAGAGGAAAAACCCUGUCUUAGGAAACAGUAUCUCAUGGGAAGAAAACUGUACAGAUUGAAUGCAUGGCCCACUUAGAGAUCCUGUCACCACUUAGAGACCAUGUCACCUCAUGUCGGUCACCCUUCCUCUCUUCCUGUCAUAGUGACAGCUUUUCAUUAGCUGGCUUCUUUCUGUAUUUGCCGACUUCUGUUAUACUUCCUUCCAAAUGUGUUUCCAGGUCCGUGUGAGCAGUGUUAGGUCCACAGGCCCUUUACGAAUCCAGUCUGCUGUGUAAAGCAGGGCCGCAGAACACAGUGAUGCUUUGAGUGAUCACACAUUUUGCCUUUGAGAUUAAUGGUUGGGGUUUUGGUUUGUUGUUCAUUUUUGUUGUUUUUAAAGGUAAAUGGCACUUUGAAACAUCGGUUGACUUAAUAUAUUUGCUUUUCCCCCCUCUUACCUGCACUUAGAGAGGAAAUUCGAACAAGUUGGAAACCACCUUUCUGUUCGUUUGUUUGGGUUCUGAGAAACCCUUGCAGCUCUUCAAUACUCACCGUCUUCCUGCUGUUUCUUGUUCGGGGCCGUGGCCCUGUCGGUUGUUUUUAGAUCAUUUUCUUAAAAACCAAACCAAACCAAACAGUUUCAAACCUGAAGAUUCCCGCAGUCCGUGUAAGCAUGUUUGCCCGUCGGCUCGCUUUCUGUGUCUGUACAAUGAAUGUCCUAUGUAAAUGCUAAGAUAAGUCAGCACAGUGUCUCAGAACUGAAUAACUGCAGUGACUUGAUGCUCUAAAUCAAUGUAGGAUUUACUGCUAGAUGGUUUUUAACCCUUGAACUUGUGAUUGUGACCCAUGAGGGGGGGACCUUUCAGUGCUAAAGCUGAUCAUGUGUGUAGCCAGGAAGGUACUUUCGGUUUUUUUUUUUUUUUUUCAAAAAAACUUUUUGUUUUAUUUUUUUGUAACCGCUGUCUUAAUGGCAAAAUAAUUAUGGUAAAAUACAAGUCUCGUGUUUAUUAUUCCUUAAGAAGAAGUCUGUGUUAUAUUACCACUGAACACCCAAUAAAGCAGAAUGUGGUUGUUUCAGA